GAAGAGGGACACCUUUUUUACCCAACAAACCAAACGGGAAUGACACACACCAUCUGAACUCCAACAUUUCUUUUUUUGUUGUUGUUGCUUUUAUUUUGAAACAAGUGAAACUGUCCUUUUCUGAACUUUAAGUUCCAACUUUUUCCUUCCACCAAAGGAUUCGUAUUUUAACUUUUUCCCCAAACCCGCUAUUUUUCUUCCUCUGGAUUCCCGAGAGUUUUUCCACCGGACGCGCGCGCUCUUGUUACCGUAAACCAAACACACUCACGCGCGCGUGUUCGGAGUGCGCGAGCUGACCAGAAACAAAACAACUAUACGGGGGGUUUAAUUUCAAUUGCACGCGUUUGCGUCCCUGGCGUUUGUAGGGUGAGGAGGACUUUCAUUCACCCGAGAAAUGCCGCAGUUGUCAGGUGGAGGAGGCGGCGGGGACCCGGAGCUCUGCGCCACCGAUGAAAUGAUCCCGUUCAAAGACGAGGGAGACCCGCACAAGGAGCAAAUCUUCGCGGAGAUCAGCCACUCCGAGGAGGAGGGAGACUUAGCGGAGAUCAAAUCAUCUCUGGUCAACGAGACAGAAAUCAGUCCCAACAGUAACAGUCACGACGCAGCUAGACAGUCCCAAAUAACACCAGACUCUUACCAUGAGAAGCACAGGGACCAUCCGGAUGAUGGCAAACUCCAAGACUUGUACAGCAAAGGCCACCCGUACCCGAGUUAUCCCGGAUACAUCAUGAUGACCAAUAUGAACAAUGAACCCUACAUGAACAACGGCUCUCUCUCGCCUCCCAUUCCCAGAACGUCGAAUAAGGUGCCGGUGGUCCAGCCGUCCCAUGCCGUUCACCCACUCACCCCUCUGAUCACAUACAGUGACGAGCACUUCGCCCCCGGCCCACAUUCGGGACACCACCCACAGGAUGUCAACCCCAAGCAAGCAGGUAUGCCCAGGCAUCAUCCUGGACCAGACAUUCCCAAUUUCUAUCCCCUUUCCCCGGGGGGAGUUGGACAGAUGACCCCUCCUCUGGGUUGGUUCUCACAUCACAUGGUACCAGGCCCUCCUGGACCCCACGCCACAGGAAUCCCCCAUCCAGCCAUUGUCAACCCACAGGUGAAACAGGAGCACGACACAGACCUGAUGCACAUGAAACCUCAGCACGAGCAGAGAAAGGAGCAGGAGCCCAAAAGACCUCACAUCAAGAAACCUCUAAACGCUUUCAUGCUGUAUAUGAAAGAGAUGCGCGCCAAUGUGGUGGCCGAAUGCACGCUGAAGGAGAGCGCCGCUAUCAAUCAGAUCCUCGGCCGGAGGUGGCAUGCUUUAUCUCGGGAAGAGCAAGCUAAGUAUUACGAAUUAGCCCGCAAGGAACGGCAGCUCCAUAUGCAGCUUUACCCAGGAUGGUCUGCCAGAGACAAUUAUGGAAAGAAAAAAAAGCGGAAGAGGGAAAAGAUCCAGGAACCUGCUUCAGGUACAGGCCAGAGAAUGAAAACGGCGUACAUCUGAACAAUGGAGGAAAGCGGACGUCUUUUUCCUCUUGCAAAGCAAAGACAGCAGCUACAGGCCCCCUUUUAGAGAUGGAAGCCUGCUAGACUUCUCAACCUUUCACCCCCCUCAUCACCUCUCGACCCCAGUGGGAUUCACCGAGGGUCCCGGUCCUCGAAUCUGCUCCUCGGCUGCAGGCGCUGCUGUAGAGACAUUGAACUGAGAAACAGACAAUCACUAACGCAGACCCGUGAACACCUUCCUUUCGUUGUCUUUAAUUCACUCCCGAAGCCGAAGGCGUUGCACUGAUUAUGUUCCUCGACCGUUUGUAAAGCGCACAUAUGGCCACAUGUAAACAAACACACACACACACACACGUUCCUACACCUGUCCCUAAGUUAUUCUAAGUUAUUUGGCACCUGUGUGUUCACUAUGUCCACUCGCUCACUUGCUUUCGCGCCCUUAAAAUGUAGCAUCGCAGGGGCUGACGCAGUUUUAGGGAUCACACGUUUCCAUUUUCUUCACAGACAUUGGUGUAACAAAAAAAGGAUCAAUGUUUUUGAUUUCUCCUCGACAUCUUGGGUUCAUGUUUAUUUUGAAUGCUUUUCGUUGUUGUUGUUAUUAUUAUUCUUUAUUUUCAUUUCUCGGUGUAUAUUUUAUUGAUUUUCUUUUUUAUCAUUAUUUUUUAUAUAUAUAAAUAUAUAUAUAAUGGAAUAUGAAAAUAAGCUUGGAGACAGGAAAGCCAUUUUUCUUGUUGAAGCGUCUCGCAGAAAUAACGUUCUUUUUGAUAACUAUUUGUAAACGGAUAUCGACUUCUCAGUCUCGCGCAGGUGUAAAAUAAUGCUCAAUGUGUACUUUUUAAAAAGAGAUGUCUGGAUGUCACUUUUCCUCUGUAUUUUUGCAGGCAACAUUAGGACAAAGGUGAAAGAGUAGGUACCCAGAGGCCUAUAUUUUAUUGAUCUAAAUUGACAAAUGAAGCAGAUAUAUAUCUAUAUAUAUUUACCCCAGCACUUGGCAGUCUUUCUUUAAUGGCAAAUGUACCUCUGUCCUCUCUCUCUCUCUCUCUCUGGUAGGUAAUAGAGUGGUCUUUUACCAUGUUUAUUCCAUGCAAACAUUUCCACAUUUUAUCUUUUUUAAUUGUUCUCUUUUAGCAUUUUCAGAUGAUGUUUUUUUUUUUUUUUUUUUUUUUUACAUUCAUUGUCAUAUUUUGAAUCGUUAACUUGGUGUAGCAUUUUGCUUCCAAGUGGUCACAUUCGAACUGUUUCAACGUCUUUUUUAUGGAAAUAAAUAGGCAUCUUUGACUGAAAA